UCUCGAACACUGCCAAAAGUGAAGAUAUUAAUUCCCCCAAUCUCAAUAUUUAUUAAUUAAUCGAACGGUGAGGAACUAAAUCACCACGAGAGAGUAAUUAAAACAGUUGACAUCAAUCAUUCCCCUCAAUCAAUGAACCCAACCUCGAACGGUUGCAGCGAGAAGGAAGAAACCAGGGAGAGAGAUGGCCUUUCUCUCUCCUCCAUCGCAUGUUUCCCAUCCGGAUUUCCUGUUUAUCUCUCCGAUCCGUAACCAGAUGUUGCCCUUAAAGCACGCCUUUUCCCCAACCUUUACCUUCAGAUAUACGAAGUUUCCUUUGAGGAAGAAGAAGGGGAAAGAGAUGAAGAGGAUGGGUACUGUUGUUUGCUCCUCUCUUUUGCCUCUUCAUACUGAUACUCUGCAAUGGACCUUCACUGUUUCAUCUGUGAAACUAUGUGGUUCUAUGAGUUACUUCUCCAAUGGGUUGCUGAAGAUCCCUCAUCCAGAUUUGAAGCCUAAUUGGAGAUCUUCCAUCUGGUUUGAAGCAUUAUCAACCGUUGACUUUCUCAGAUAUCGACUUACACAGAGAAAGAAAGUCAGUCUGCGUGGGAACUGGUCAAGGCGCAUGAGUUAAAUACUCUUGAUCGCAUGCAUACUUGGGAUCUUGUACCUCUCCCUAAAGGAAAGACAACUAUUGGAUGUCGAUGGUUGUAUAAAAAAUCAAAACAAAAGCAGAUGACAGUAUUGAAUGAUACAAGACUCUUCUUUUAGAAAAAGGUUACAACUAGUAACAUAUCAACUUUGUAGAAACUUUUGCUUCUGUAGUCCAUAUCACUAUUGUUCAGGCACUAAUUUCAGUAACCUCCAUCCAACAAGGGCCCCUCUAUUAGCUAGAUGUUCAAAAUGUUUUUUUUUUAUAAUGAUUUUGAUAAAGAAGUAUAUGUGAAGUUACCUACUGGAGUUGCCAGUUAUCAAAAUAGAGUGUGUAAACUUCGAUGAACCCAAUAUGGAAUUAAAUAAGGACCCCAUGCUUGGUUUGAGAAAUUUCGAAGUGAAGUUGUCUCUACUGGAUUUUGACAGAUCCAUCAUAAUCCAACCCAAUUGCAUCUGAAACUUCUAAAGGGUGGUGAAGUCCUUUGUUACUAUAUAUGGAUGACGUCAUAAUCUCCGGUAGUGACAUGCGCAUUAUUAAUAAAAUUAAAUAGAAACUCAAUCAAGCAUUUGAAAUGAAAGAUUUGGGGUUCUUGCACUAUUUCCUUGGAUUAGAAUUGGUUUGUUCCCCUCGCAGCCAUUUGCUUUUGCAAUUUAAAUACGCCUCAUAGAUUGUUCUACAAGCUCAACUAAAGGAUGAUACCUCUAUUGUACUAAAUGUUAGAUUUUGGGGCUAUAUACGGUGAACCUCUCCCUAUCUAAUCUUUUACAUACACCUGGUUGGGAAACUGAUAUAUUUAACAAUUUCAAGCCUAAAUAUUACUAAUGCAACCGUCUUGAACAUCAUACAUUACAUACAGUGGCGAGUCAAUUAUUGAGUGCUCCUUGUUUUGUUAGUCUAGUUGUCGUCUUACGUGUCAUUCGUAUAUUAUGGAUACAAUCCACUAGGCUUUAUUCUUCUCCACUUCUUGGUCGCUUGAGCUCUAGGCAUACAUAAACUCGAAUUUUACAGAGAAUCCAAGCGAUCGCAAAUCUACUACAAGGUCUUGUAAUUUUCUAGGUGAUUCUUUUUUAUCUUGGAAAAGUAAGGAACAAACAAGUAUUGCCCAAUUUACAGUUGAAGCAGAAUACAGGGCUAUGGUACAAACUACAAUUGAAAUUGUUUGGCUCCAUUGGUUGCUCAUAGACAUGGGUGUUGUUAUUACCACUCCCAUGCCACUUCAUUGUGAUAAAAAGAGUACUAUUUGUAUUUCAAAAAAUCCUGAGUUUCAUUAAUACCCUAAGCAUAUUGAAGUUGAUUCUUGCUAUGUUUGAUAAAAAUAUUUGUUGGAUACAAUUUAUGUACCCUAUAUGCCUUAAACUGCUCAGCUCAUGGAUGUUUUUACGAAAUCUCAUUCUCAACGUCAAUUCUCACAAUUUGUUUCCAAAUUCUCCAUGAUUCAUUUCAAAUCAUCUCAAAUUUGAGGGAGAGUGUGAACAUAUAUAGCAAUGUAUACUGCAUAGGCAUAGAGCAGGCGUUGGUGGAAAAUUACCAACAGCUGGCAUUGGCAAGUUGAUCAUCCUUGGAAGGGGGAGAAUAGCACUUGGUGACAUGAUACCAAGCAAGGUAGGAAUUUCAUGCCGCCUGCCUUCUUGAAGCCCUUUGAGCUGGAGUACCCCUAAGAUUGGGAGUAGCUUGGGAUCCCGCGAGCAAUGUUGGUGGAUGAGGAGUCACCUCUUGUGCUUGCACUUAAAGAGAGGACAAGGAAUCUCUUUGAUGAUCUCUGCUCGAUUUUUUAAUGGAAACAUGGUCGUAAAGUUUGUGGUCGAGAAGGGCGCCCUGUUCAGGAUUAUAAUGCCCUCAUAGGUAGUGAUCCCCAUUUAGCCCCUGGCAUUAGUUUUCGCUAUGGCCAUGAUUCAGAAAGGCUUAAGCCACCUCCAAGGGCUCCUUAACCAGCGCGACGAUAGCCUCUUAUGCGUGCUGCAAUACUCCCUUACGAGCAAGGCGAUACUCCUUUGUCUUCAUGCUCAGCGUUAGCCCAGGCAGCGUUACUCCAAACGGCGAUGCUCUACACGACGAGGCUCCAUACGGCAAUGCUUCACAUGGCGAGCCUCCACACGUCGAUGCUCCACACGGCAAUGCUCCUCGAGGCACUGCCUUUUAUGCGCAUGGCGAUACUUCCAUUAGCGCACAACGAUAGCCUUCUUCCUUAGCGCCGGUCGUGGGCUUCCUCCUCCUUCCUGCCGUGAGUGUCUUACAUCUAGGAAAAGUGGGGUCCUUACAUCAUCCCCCCUUUAAAACAGAUUUUGUCCCCAAAAUCAUACAUAUGAAAUCAAAGAAUUGGGGAAAGAAACUCACACAUCCACUAUCGUCCCAUACAACUGUCUAUUGCCUUAUCCUUAGGAUUACAUAAUCUAUACUUCACAUUUCAAACACAGUGUGAUGCACUAACCAUUCAUUUGCCUUAGCAUCUUCGACAUUCCAUCAAUCCAUUUAACCAUCGCUAACAGGUUGACACACACACCAACAUAGGUCAAGCCAUUCAACUCUAAGAAAAUCAAUCAAUUCAGCCACUACCAGCUGACGAUUAGUAUCAAUCUGUAAAUAAGGUCCGGCAAUACUCACAGAGCAACACCUUACAAGCAUCAAUCAUACAAUACACUUAAAACACACAUCACAAAAUCACAGCCUCAAAAGUCGGCCCUGCAAUACGCCCAAAGCAGUCUCCUCACUACUAUCCAUCAUAAGUCAAGCCCUGCCACAAGCUCAGAGCAGGCUUUUUAUUAAUAUCGGUCACAAAGUGAGGCCCUACGGUAUGCUCAAAGUAGGCACCCCAGUACAAUCACAAUAUCAGGUCCUGCAAUACACUCAAAGCAGGCACCCUACAAUCUCGGUCGUGGUCUUGCAAUAUGCUCAAAGCAUAUAUCACAGAAUCACAAAGUCGGGCCCUACAAUAUGCUCAAAGUAGGAACCACGGUACAAUCACAAUAUCAGGUCCUGCAAUACGCUUAAAGCAGGCAUCAAACAAAUUACAAAUUCAGACCCUGCAAUACGCUCAAAGUAGGCACCUAACAAUCACAAGGUUAGGCCCUAGAAUAUACUCAAAGUAGGCACCUAACAAAUCACAAAGUCAAGCCUUGCAAUACACUCAAAGCAGGCACCCAACUAUCACAUGGUCAAGCCCUACAAUGCGCUCAAAGUAGGCACCUGAAAAAUCACAAAGUCAGGCCCUACAAUAUGCUCAAAGCAGACACCUAAAUAUCACAAGAUCAGACCCUACAAUACGCUCAAAGUAGGCACCUAACUAUCAUAAGGUCAGGCCCUACAAUACGCUCGAAGUAGGGGCCCUGCAAUACUCUCAAAACAGGCAACUAACUAUCAUAAGGUUAGGCCCUACAAUACGCUCAAAGUAGGCACCUAACAAAUCACAAAGUCAGGCCCUGCAAUACGCUCAAGGUAGGCACCUAACUAUCACAAGGUGAGGCCCUACAAUACGCUCAAAGUAGGAACCUAACAAAUCAUAAUGUCAAGCCUUGCAAUACGCUCAAAGCUCGCACCUAGCUAUCACAAGGUCAUGCCCUACAAUACGCUCAAAGUAGGUACCUAACAAAUCACAAAGUCAGGCCC